AUGGGAGACUGGUCCAUUCUUGGCCGCUUCCUAACGGAGGUUCAAAACCAUUCUACAGUCAUUGGCAAGAUAUGGCUGACGAUGCUGCUCAUCUUCCGCAUCCUGCUCGUGGCCCUGGUGGGGGAUGCCGUCUACAGCGACGAGCAGUCCAAGUUCACCUGCAACACCCUACAGCCUGGAUGCAAUAACGUCUGCUACGACACGUUUGCUCCCGUCUCACACCUGCGCUUUUGGGUCUUUCAGAUUGUUCUCGUCUCCACACCCUCUAUCUUCUACAUCGUCUACGUCCUGCAAAAAAUCACCAAGAAUGAAAAGUUGGAGGUUAAGAAGGUUGAAGUGGUGCCCAGGUCCUCGCCUUCACUUGACAGGGACAAACACAUGGGAGGAGACAAAGAGACAACGCUGGAGGCCGGCAGCCCUUAUAACACAGCCUAUAACAAUGAGGAGUGGGGCUCACAGGAAGAUGAGUGCGAGGAGAGGAGCCAGCUGGAAGAGGAAAUGAGAGAGGUAGGAAAGGACCCAACCCAGCUCUCCAGCCAAGUGCUACUUAUAUACAUCAUACAUGUUCUGCUGCGCUCCAUCAUGGAGAUCAUCUUCCUCAUUGGGCAGUAUUACCUAUUUGGAUUUGAAGUUCCACACCUUUUCCGCUGUGAGACCUACCCCUGCCCAAACAGAACCGACUGCUUUGUGUCUCGAGCAACAGAGAAGACCAUCUUUCUCAACUUCAUGUUCAGUGUCAGUCUGGGCUGCUUCAUCUUGAACAUUGUGGAGCUGCAUUAUCUGGGCUGGAUUUAUAUUUUCAGAGUACUGCUGUCUGCUUGCUGCACCUGCUGUAAGUCCGGCAGAGACCCCGUGCAGCAGGUGGAAUUAUACUCGGACAGCAACCCACUGCUGCUUGAGCUCAAGCACUCUUUGCGUGGCAGGGUCGUCCUGCAGACCACCUCGACCAUGUCCCGGGACAAAAGCAGCAGCGUCCCGAACCAGGCCCCGGCCAUCUCCUUUGAGACGGACUCUACACUGGAGUGCACUUCGAAGAGAAAUCUGGAUGAGAAGGAGCACACCAAGACUAGACUGCACAAUAUGGCCAAGAUAGGACGAGGCAAAAAAUCAUGGCUGUAA